UAAAUGAAAGUUAGGGCGAAAACAAGAUUGAAUGGUGUUAUGUAAUUCUAGAUACACCACUGGGCUGACGUGAGUAAAUGAUCACCUUCUUACAGAACAAUUGGAGAAAGAGACAUGAAAAGAACUGAAAUACUUGUGUUGAUGUAUUUUCAUACACUGGCACGCUACCAGGUAAUCUAAGCUUGGUAAAGUAACCUUAUAUAAUAUACGUCCUUGAGAAUGGAAACCGCACGAGCUCGUGAUGGCGUGGUGAUACACAGAAAUGGGUAUGUUGUAUAUUGUGACUCAAGGCUGAUUCUCAUGCCUUACCCUUUUCACAGAGUACAGGGAGGCGGUUCUUACAUAGGGAGUCAUUCUAUUUUGCCUGAGUGCUAGGAGAAACUCCCGUAUUUUUGCAUGAAGCAUUUAUUAAAUAAGAUUGAUUUAGUUGUCUCCUAUAAUUUUGUUUGGGCUUGUUUUUUCCAAUAGGUUGUAGAAAUUUAGAAAAUCUAAUAUAGCCAAGAAUGAAACAGGAGACCUAGAGUUUCCUCAUCUAUUCCUUCCCAGGUGAGGAAAAUUACACAUAAAUCAAUUUUACCGGUAUUGGCCAGCUGAUGCAUGUCAAAGAAUCAGGGUUACAAGAGAAUAUUGUCCAGCGAGGGAAGGUACUGAUUCACAGAAUCUUUGGGUACUUCACCCAGAACCUAGAUCAUCUUCAUCCAUUUCAUUGCAAGCCCUCCAUGAUCGACUAUAGCCCACAUUUUCCAGAACGAGGCACCACCUUUACUGACACCUACAAUGGGAAGCAAAAGACCAGGAAUGUUGCCGGAGGACUUUGUCAUGGAUGAAACUAUUACAGGCAGUGGUCUAAUGCUUCCAGUCUGGAGAGGCCUCCAAGCUGGGCCUUUUAGGGGCUUCCCUGGCGGUCCAGUGGUCAAGACUCCACACUUCCACUGCAGGGGGCACGCGUUCAAUCCCUGGUUGGAGAACUAAGAUCCCACAUGCCGUGUGGUGCGGCCAAAAGAAAAACAUCAAGCUGGGCCUUUUAUUAAAUACUGCCUUAGAGUAAAUCAUCUUUCUUAACUGGUCAUAUUUUAGAUUUGGGCUUUAUCUCCCGUAAACCUCAGAAUGCAGAGGAAAUGAAACGUUCCAGGGGCUGGUACUUCCCACCAAGAGCAUAGAAUGUAUUAGUACUUCUUUCCAUGAGCUUCAAAUAACUUGCUUCGUCCCCAUGGGAUCUGAAAGGUUUGUUCUAUCUUUCCAAUCCUGCCUUCCAACAUAAUGUAGCAAAAACUGGGAUUUAGGAGUAGAAACGUUUCGGACCUGAAUCCUGUUUGUUAAACAACACUGAGGAAUGUAGGUCCAGAACUAUUGGGUGUUUCUGGUUUGAAGGAAGUUUCUUUAGUUCAUUUAACAUUGCCAUGAAUGUCAGUGCAUGCAGUCGCCAAAUCAGAGUUAGCUUAGAAUCUACAAACUCAGUUCUCUGUAACAGGAACACGGAGAGCUAGAAGGUUUAAAAUAGAUGUCAUAUGAUACCGAUUAUAACUCAGUGAAAUUUUGCAGUCCCAAGAACCUAUACAGAGUGUGAACCAAAAUGGAGGACGGUCCUGUUUCCUUUGGCUUUAAAAACAUUUUUAUUACAAUGUUUGCUACUUUUUUUUUCUUCAAGCUUUUAAUUAAAGUGUUCUUGGCGCUCCUAACCCAUUUCUAUAUCGUCAAAGGAAAUAGAAAAGAAGCGGCUAGGAUAGCAGAAGAGAUCUAUGGUGAAAUUUCAGGUAAAAAUACAUGAAUUUGUUCCCAAUACUUUAAAAGAAACCUCCUAGAUAAUUCAUAUGAAUAAUAUUUCUAGAAGGCAGAUUUUAUUUAAACUUUGGCUUUGAGUGGGUAGUUUUAAAAAAUUAUUUAAAGUAGCAAAUGGUGUUGACUGCACCAAUUUGUGAAGGAUUUUCAGCUUUCUUUUCUGCAAAUUAGUAGUUUCAUUAGCAGUUAUUAUUUAAGAAGUGAAUAAAUAGACUAGUGGCUUUCUAAGAGUAUUUUGGGAAAACUCAUUUCUGCUAACAAAAGAAUUACUUUAUAGGAUUAUCUUCUUGAAUAUUUGUAAUCAAAUGUUAGCAGUGCAUUCUAACAAAACUGUUUUCCCCAGGAAAUGGAAUGACCAGUAAAUUUGAUUUAAAGCAGCAAUAUAUAUGCUAUAUAUAUGUAUUUGUGUGUGUGUGUGUGUGUGUGUGUGUGUGCUGUCAUCUGCAAUUCGAAUUGCUUAGCCACUUGUCACUGUCAGGAAAAAACCCUUCACUGAAUCCAUUUAUGCCCAGCACCAUGCAAAGCACAGCAAACAAAGGUUAUUGUAAUAUGAAAUGCCAACCUUUGGUCCAAACGUUUUAAAGUCUCCUGCUUUGUAGAAUUCAGUCUCCAUUUCUUUCAAGAAAUGAUUCACGUUAAUUGUAGGGAGAGGCUACGAAAGUAAAUGAAUCAGAUAUCUUGGUUACUGCUGGGACUGCCACUGGAUAGAGGAGUAUUUAUUCAUAAACAGAGUUCCAAAUUUCCCUGUGUAUUUUUAGUGUUCGCAGGGGUUCCAGGGUUACCUCAUUCUUUAUCUAGUAUCCAUUUCACCUUGCACCCUGGAUUCUCUUUCAAAAUAGACUUCUGUUAUGUGAUUCCAAUACACCAGACAACUUUAAGGACACUAGGGAACAGCAGUCUUAUCCGAAGAGUUAAGACCUCCAAAGACAGAGCAUCAGAAUGCUUCAAUUAACAGGGGAAAAUGAGAAGAAUCUCGAAGUUUCGGGAAGUGGCAGAAGGCUCGGAGUGUGGAAAGAGGUUUCUUUUGGGGAUUACAUUUGUCACACGUUUCAGGGAGAUUGCUGGGCCGAUCGGUCUCCACUUCAUGAAGCGGCAGCUCAGGGGCGCCUACUGGCCCUGAAAACUUUAAUUGCACAGGGCGUCAACGUGAACCUGGUAACAAUUAACCGGGUCUCUUCUCUCCAUGAGGCGUGCCUGGGAGGCCACGUGGCCUGCGCUAAGGCCCUAUUGGAGAACGGCGCCCACGUCAACGGGGUGACAGUUCACGGAGCCACGCCCCUCUUCAAUGCUUGCUGCAGUGGCAGCGCUGCGUGUGUCAACGUGCUGCUGGAGUUUGGAGCCAAGGCCCAGCUUGAGGUGCACCUGGCUUCACCCAUCCACGAGGCAGUGAAGAGAGGUAAUAGAGAGUGCAUGGAGAUUCUGCUGGCAAAUAACGUUAACAUUGACCAGGAAGUGCCUCACCUUGGAACUCCCCUGUAUGUGGCUUGCACCUAUCAGAGGCUAGACUGUGUGAAGAAGCUUCUAGAAUUAGGGGCCAAUGUUGACCACGGCCAGUGGCUGGACACCCCCCUCCAUGCCGCUGCGAAGCAGAACAGUGUGGAAAUCAUCCACCUGCUGAUAGACUACGGGGCUAGCCUCAAGUGCAAAAACGCUCAGGGCAAGAGUGCACUUGAUCUGGCAGCUCCGAAAAGCGGCGUGCAGCAGGCGCUUCUGCUCCGGGAAGGCCCGCCUGCUCUUUCCCAGCUGUGCCGCCUGUGUGUCCGGAAGUGCUUGGGUCGCACCUGUCAUCAGACCAUCCACAAACUGUAUCUGCCGGAGCCACUGGAAAAAUUCCUCCUAUACCAGUAGUCCCAACUGUCCACGGGAAGAUACUUGGAAAUAAACAGGUUGUUGCCUGCUGUACCCAGGGUACCUAGUAUAGACACCCAACAGCUAGACUCCCUAGUGUAACACCCAACAGCUAGACUCUCAAAUGAGCUAAGCUAGUUAGAGCACAUCCCUGAUGGACUGGCACACGUGGGGAAUGAAAACUCCUGGUUAGUUUAAUGUUCUCUUUAACCAAGGGGCAAUCAGAAACUUUUCUGUUUUUAGCUCUUGCUGUUAAGAAACUUUAAAAAAUUGUGAAGUAGGGUGAAAUUAAUAGGCUGUUUUUCAAGAUUCAUGAUCUUUGAUUAAGGAUCACCAUUCUGAAUAGCGUGUAGACACAUAUAAAUCUGGGUGGGUAAGAUUAGGAUGAAUAUGAGUAUUCGAAGAUGGGUUCCUGAUUUAGUUCUUCCCUUCUUCCCCCUUUCUUUCUUUCCUGCCAUGAAUAAAUCUCUGCUAAAAUUUUA